AACGUUUCAUUGUUCGGUACUGAAGAUGAAUUUUCAAAUUGUUGCUGCAGUGUUGAUUCUUUUUGGUGUAUCAGUCCAUGCUGCUAGAAAAUGUGAGGAUAAUGGGGUAUGUAAAGUGAAAGAUUACUGCAAUACUGACACUGGUCUGUGUGAGAGAAUGCUCUUAGCGGGGGAGGUGUGUAACAAAAGUCGUCAGUGCAAAGGGUCGUCAACCUGUGAAGAAGUAGAAGGAAGUGAUCCAGUUGAGAAAAGAUGUACUGAGCGAUGUCGAACAGACCCUGACUGCAGGCUUCAUGGCAGGAAGAGGUACUGCACCGGUGGUGGCUUUAAUACACUGAUGAAAGGAUAUUGUAAACUACAGAAAAAAGAAGGCUCCGACUGUUCCAGAAGCCCAGAAUGUCUCAACGAUCUUUACUGCAAGAACAGCAAAUGUAAAGAGGCGGAAGAAGCAAUACAAUGUUCACUUAGCUGUAAAGGUCCAAGAGAGAAGAACCCAGUAAACCUUCGACCUGGAGAAUAUGUCAAUGUCACUUAUUCAUGUACCUUCAUGAGAGUUGGAGAGUUUGGACCACUGCCCAUAAAGGCAUCUAUGCUUCUGAACAAGAGGAUCAAACUUGGAAAUGCUGAAUGGGAAUCUCCAGUAACAAUCAGUGGUUCAAGACUCAUCUUUGCAGACAGGGGGGAAUUCGCUGUAGAAAUACAAGGGAUGAUGACAGGAUGUAAAAACCAUCGGAAUUAUUGCAGAGCAUCAAGAAGAUGUAUACUAAAAGCUUGAGCAAAAUGAUACAUUGAUGAUUUCUAAAAUAUCGGAUGACACAAUUGAACAUCCCGUGUACUGUUUAAAUAAGUUUAAUAAAUAAUAUUUGAAAC